AUGCCGCUGACGCAGCCCCUGCGUUGCAGGCUACGUCCUCUCCACUCCCUAAGGGUUUCCAAUAUUGGAUCGGCUCAACGACGCAUACUUACCUCCGCUCCUUUUUUAAAGAACGCUUCUUCCUUUCUGUUUCACUCUAGACCACGUUCCCUUCGAUCUUCUUUGACAAUGACACAAACUCGAGGCCAUGGCAGCCAUGGCCAUCAUCACCACCACCAUGACAAUACCUACCUCACUUCCUCAAAUAAAAGCGACGCCGGUGUUCGGAUUACGCGGAUUGGUCUGGUUGCCAACCUCUGUAUGGCAAUUGGAAAAUUCAUCGGCGGCUACGUCUUUCACUCUCAGGCUCUGAUUGCCGACGCCUACCACGCGCUCACCGAUCUCGUCUCCGACUUCUUGACCUUGGGGACUGUCGCCUGGUCCCUCAAACCCCCUAGUGACCGAUUCCCCAAUGGCUAUGGAAAGGUCGAGAGCAUCGGCGCGUUGGGUGUUAGUGGUCUGUUGCUCUGUGGAGGAAUGUUUAUGGGACUCAAUUCGGGACAAGUUCUGUUGGCGCAGUUCUACCCUGAGAUCGCGGAAACGGUCGCUCACUCUGGCAUGCUGGGACAUGGCCAUUCGCACAGCCACGGACCGAUUGGUCCCAGCAUUCACGCCGCAUGGCUGGCGGCGGGUUCGAUCGUGGUUAAGGAGUGGUUGUACCAUGCGACUAUGAAGGUUGCCAAUGAGCGCAAAUCGUCGGUCCUCGCAUCCAACGCCGUCCACCACCGCAUCGAUUCCUUGACGAGCAUCGUCGCCUUGUUUACAAUCGGUGGAAGCUAUGUUUUCCAAGACGCUACCUGGCUGGAUCCAGUUGGUGGACUCCUGAUCUCCUUGAUGGUGAUCAAAGCUGGCUGGGGCAACACCUGCACUUCUCUCUUGGAAUUGGCCGACACCACUGUCGAUGAGGAUGUCCGCAGCUCCGUGGAGGAUGCCACCUCCAAGGCCUUGAAGGAUAUGGAGUUUGGUCAUGAAGUGAUCGUUCGCGACGUGCAGGGCAUGAAGUCGGGCCAAAACUACUUGAUGGAUAUUGAGCUGGCUGUGCCAGGCGCCUGGGCUGUCAGUCGGUCGCAUACUAUUGAAUCGGCGGUACGCAGUGCGGUUGGAACCGAUGUGCGCGGUGUGAAGCGCAUCAAGGUCCGCUUCAUUCCGGCGGAACACCAGGAGCUGACCUUCUCGGAUGAAUUUGUUGAUCAAGAUAUCGGCGGGGACCCUGAGGCCCACACUCACAGCCAUGAUCACAGCCAUAGCCAUGAUCGGAAACGACAAUAG